AUGCACAGAUUGGAGAAAGAUGAUAAUGCUGAUAAUCUCCAGAAAGAGUCGUCAUUUUUCUAUCCUCCCCCAGAUGGGGGUUGGGGUUGGGUUGUGGUGCUGGCUGCAUGUACUCAUGCUUUGCUUGUCAGUGGAUUCCACAACGCUUUUGGUGUGUACAUGAUUUCCUUACUGGAGACUUUCCAGUCAAGUAGGUCACGAACAGGCUUGAUAAUGGUGAGCCUUUACUUCACCACAAAGCGUUCAUUUGCAACUGGGAUUGUGAUGGCUGGAGGGGCAGCAGGAACUCUGGUACAGAAUCAGGUGCAUCGAUACCUAAUCAAGGCAUUUGGAUGGAGAACUAGUCUGCGUGUGUAUUGUGGAAUUCUAACAAUAUGUAUUUUUGCUGGGUUUGCAUACAGACCACUUGAAAAACGAAGACAUCCAAGUGUUGUUGAAAACUUUCAGACAUCACCAUUAAGAGGUUUUAUUAUAGAUCUGAGUUUAUGGAAGGAUAGUAUAUUUGAGUUAUGGGUUUGUGCUCUUGGAUUAGCAAAAUUUGGAUUCUUCAUACCUUUUGUGCAUAUGGUAAGAAUGUAA